GUAAGCAAUGAGCAUGCGCGCUGUUUGCUCAUAUCUACCUCCUUUAGGUAUUCGUAUGUAAUCGCCUAAAUAAUAUAAGAUAAUUUAAAAUUAAAUUAAAUUGAAAAGUAGCAUCAUAAGAAAGCAAAGCAGUAAAAACAAAGAACGGCUUUCACCAAAACUCGAGUCAUAUCGUUCAAGGUAACGAUCCGUUUGAAAGAAUCGAUUCGUUGGUGAACGUCACGUCGCUCAACAUGUCUCUACAUGUCCUGGUGAAGAGAGGGCGCUGCAGGAUGACGUGUGGCCCGCAGAGAGCAGCUGAUGGGCGGAGGAGAGCUGCAGACUGGGUCCGUCCAGGUUCCGCUGGUGGAUCUUAGAGCACCUUACCGCUCACAGAAUCAUGGAUGGACAAGUCCAGGUCUCCAGCUGGCCUGAUGUGGACUUUCAAACUCUGAGCCUUGACGACGUGUGGCAGCUGCAUGUCCUUUCUGCUCAGGCAUUCUCCAUCAUGAGGAACAGGGACAUGAAGAACUUGGAACAAGUGAUGAAGUUUCUGGACACCACACACAGACUUCUACCCAGACUGGUGCCUGCUAUUAAACACAUGAAGAUCCAGUUUGGCCUGAAGACCAUGAUAAUCAUGUGGAUGCUAAAGGAAUGCAGAGGAAUGGUCCACAUCGUUUCCAAAAUUGUCCAGUUCUUCCCAAACAAACUGCCUCAGUAUGAAGAUCAGUGUAGCCAGCGGGAAAUGUUCCUCAUGAGGAAGAACCAUGCGGACUUUCAAAGUCUGGCACAGACCCUUGCCAUAAACAAGGAGAAGCUUGAAGAUUAUAUUAAGAAUGAAAUGGAGGAGCAGUAUGGGGAACGCUAUGCACAGAAGGUAGAAGACAGAUUGGUGGAUUACCUGCAUGAGCUGGAGAAGGGUUUCCCUGGAGAUAGCUACAUUGAGAAGAUCAUGAAGAAACAAAGUGCUGAGACUGAAGAGGACAAGUUUCUCCUGGAAGUGUUGAGCCCAGAUUCCUCAGCUGUGAGGAAACUACUGCACUGUGAUGUUCCUGCUUCCUGUCCUCCAGCUGCUCGAUCUCAGUCAGAAAAUGGAAACAAAGGAGCUGAACCCUGUUGGCCUUCAGAGUCAUCUCUGCAUGGAGGUCCCUCAAAGACUCUUCUGCAGUCAGGAGAAGGAAAUCCUCUGCUUGAUCUUCGAGAAGACAAGGAGAGUAGUAGUACAGAUGUUGGAGACCAUCAGCUACCAGAAGAGAGAGAAGAUGCAUUUCAGAAGUUGAAGAAGGAAAGAAAAGACCAGGACGAGGAGGUGUGCAUUGAGAAAAACGGUGAAUAUGCUGAAGGUGGCACCUCCUCCCCUCAGUUCUGCUCCAAACAUCAUCGAUGGGUAAAAAACAUCCUGCGAGGUUGUCCUGAUGACUACUCAGAGGAACUGCUGCAUCAGUCCAACCUCUCCUCAUCUCCAGGGCUGUUCCCGUCUUCCUCUACCUCUCUUUCUUCACAGGACCUCACACCAUCUAACCUCGUGCUCUCUCCCUCUGAUCAGCCACCGUCACACACCUCCACCCAUUUUCAACCAUCAGAAGCAGCAGACACUGGAGAGAAACUGAGGCCAGGAUCUGAUGCUGCAGCUCAGCCCACACCACCACAAGAUUGUGUUCUGUCCACCCUGCUGUUCCCGGUCAUCCAGCUGGUGGACAUCGCUUCCUCCUGCAGGAGCCACUUCACAUCUGUGUCCAAGCAGUUAUCUGCUAAUCACUUAUCCAUGUUUGGGCUUAAAGAAGCAUCGAGUAGUUUCCAUCCUCUGGCUUCUUCGGCCCACCGAACAUCAGAAAACCAGAACCUUCUAAAGAGUCCCUGCAUCCUGCAGACAGCUCCUGCAAACCAGCACAUGUCUGCACGUUCCUGGCACAUAUCGGGUCAACAAGCUGUUUCCAGGCUCUCACUGAAGUUCAGAAGGAACGCUUCAUCAGAGCAGUUAGUGAAGGACUUGGGUCCAUUUCCACCUUUUUCUAGUAACGCCUGCGUGUCUGAACCUGCUGUCCACCAUGCAUCAGAAAAUCUAUCCUCAGUUUGUGCUGCUGCACCAUCAGCUAACCCAUCUCAUCUAGGUGUCCAACAGAACUCCAUCAAACUUCAUCCUAAAACCCGAAACAGCAGAACUUCUCAGUCAAGCUUCUGCUCAGGUUUAUCUGUCAGCUCCUCGCCCUCUAGAGCCUCCUACCUCAAGGGACACCAGCUGAGGGCCCGUUCACUGUUCCAAACAGACCGUCAGCAGCCAUAUGUGGGUCUGACCCGGCUGAGCGCUGAGGAGUGCCUGCAGGCGACUGAAGGAAGAGCCUCAGCAAGAUGGGGUGAGCCCAGCCUGCAGCACAAUGAUGAUGAGGAGAGGAUGGAGAUGUUCCAGGAUGCAGAUUGCUCCUUUGACAUCAACGCUCUCUACUCCAGCGACUCUUCGAGCAGUGAGUGUGAGGAUUCGGCCAGCUGCGACCCGGACUACAGACCUCACAUUAACGAGACAAGACUUCGCUUGGAGUACCAAAGACUUUUAAAUCAGAUGUGAGAUCAGAUCAGAUUUUUUGUUUAAUCAGGAAAUAAUCCCACUGAGAUGAUCUUCAUAGUGAUGCAUUAAAUGAUAAUUUGCAGAAUCCAACAGGAAACCAGUUGGAUUCUGGUUAAAGACUCAAAAAUAAAUUUUUAUUAAAAUGGUUAUUAACCAUGUUGUGAUUAUGAAUCUGAAUAUAUUAUUUAAUAUUAUAAAGAUAUUUUUUGCAGCA